GUGCAGCUGGUGGAAGCAGUUGAGCAGAUACACAGCAGACUCCACUGCACCCAGUCCAGUUGCACUCUCACUUAUCGCAUUCAUCAGAGGAUCCACCACACAACUCACAAUCUGCUAAAGGAUACAAGACAAUGAGCCACAGUGGCGGCAGUAACCACCUCAGUGAGCAGACUCAGGGUGCGUGCCACUCCAGGUGUGGGUGCCAGUGUCUCUCCUGGCGGCUCUAUCCUCUCACUCACUCACAUGGCUCACCUGGUGGCACCAAAAGACAGCUUAGCUGGUGGAGUUCAUCAAGAGUGGCCACCAGCAGUCCUGCAUCAGUCACCUGCAGGGAUGAGAUGAACAUUAAAAGGAAGCAGAAACAUGAGCUGAAUAUCAACAGAAUGCUGAAAAGGAAGCAUGGUGACACAAGUGGUAGAAGAGAACUGAAGGAGAGCAGGAGGUGACUGAGUGAACAACACAGGGAGGAUUAAAUGGUAUACUUAAGAAUGCU